CCGUCACAGGCGGGGGAAUAGUUCCCCCUUUGCAAGAGCCCUCGAGAACAUGAGUCAACACUGAGAAAAGGGGGAUGUGAAAGGACCCGGGACAGACCCCAUGCCAGACACUGCUCAGGCUCACCAGGAAGGCUUCGCUCCCAUUUUCCAAGCGAUAAUUCCAGCAAAACUCCUGGAGAUCCCAUUCCAGGGACAGCAGCUGGCGAGUGUGAGGUGAUGUGAGACUGCAAUGCGUCUGCUCCAGUGGAAUUCUCCAGGCUGCGAGAGGAAAGAAGGUCAGACUCUUCUGGCUGUGUGAGUGGAAGGAGAAGCAGCAGAGGUGUCACAAUGGACACGUCCUUUGCCACAGAAAGAGUCAGCCCUGCUUGCUGGAGCCAAUCCAGUGGGAUGGCAUCUAACAGGAGCUGGAGUGAGGACAACCCCUACAACUGGACCGACUGUGAAAGCAGCCACUUGAGCAAAGUCCCUGUCACGCUCCUCAUCUGCCUCUGUGGGAUGGUUGGGAAUGGGGCUGUCCUCUGGCUCCUCGGCUUCCACAUCCACAGGAACCCCGUCACCAUCUUCAUCCUCAACCUGGCCAUGGCUGACUUCACCUUCCUCCUCUCCAUCACCGUCAGUCUGGGGAUAUUUUAUGUACCCGAGAGCCUCUGUCAUGAGCUGGGCUCACGGGGAGUGACAACUGUGCUGAACAUCACCAUCCUGUUUGCCUUCACUGCCAGUGUCUACCUGCUGACAGCCUUCAGUGCUGUGACAGCUCUGUCUGUCCUCCCCAUGUCCCACUGUCCCUGCCACCACUCCCAGUGCUUCCCAGUGCUCCUGUGUGCCCUGCUCUGGGUCCUCUCCUUCCUGCUCACCAUGACCCUCUACUCCCACCCUUCAGCACUCAUCGCCUUCGUCCUGAGCUACCUCUUAUCGGUGCUCACCCUGAUCUGCUCUGGUCUAACCCUGCUUGUUUUCCUGUGCUGCUCACGGAAACAUCCUCCAAGGAAGCUCUGUGCUGUGGUCCUUCUGGCUGUCAUCUUCUUCCCCUUCUUCACUGCUGAUUUUGGGUACUGGCUCUUGCUCAGGGUGUUUGAUUUUUCCAUCUUUGUCCUCAACGCCUCCCUCCCGCUCGCCUGUGCCAACAGCAGCGUCCACCCUCUUAUUUACUUCUUGGCUGGGAGCUGUGCAAAGAAGUUUACACUCUCUGUUAGUGCUGCCUUCCAGAGGACUUUUGAAGAUGUGUCAGAGCCUCAAAAUAGAGACAACACAGUGGAAUCAUCAUAAAAUGAAAUAAUCAUAAAAUAGAAUCAUAAAAUAUCCUGAG